UUUACCAUGCUGUGGCGGCGGUGGUAGAAGCGUCAUACCUCCCCGGUGCGCCGUGGCGGGUGGUCGUGUCCCGGAUUGUGCUAUUCCAUUCCCGGUUUUGAAAUUACGUGUCAGACGAGUUCGCGGAUAUAUUGUGUUAGUGAUAUUUCUCGUAAUUAAUAUCUAAGACGAAUCGAAGGCACCCGUUUUCAUACAAAAUUCAUAAUUUAUCAUUCUCAAUUUUUCGGUCACUUAUAUAAGCGUUGUCAAUUUUAAAAAUAAUUUGUCCAAACUUUUAAUAAUAUUUCUAUUUAGAAAAAAAAUAAUAUACAUAUUAAAGAGGUUUGCUUACUUUAUAUCGUUUGACAAAGAAUUCCUUAUUCAAAAUGCACCGCCAUUUUCUUUGUCUAAGCUUGUUCAUUUUCGCGGGCUAUUGCGAUGCGAACUAUUGCCGGGACGCGAACCUGUGCUGCCCGGGGAGGGAUAGUUCCUGCGUCGUUCAGAAGGCGCACCAGAACGCCAUUAUUGAGGACCUAACCGACAAGCCUUGUUACUGUGACCACGCUUGCUUGAAAUUGGGAGAUUGUUGCCCCGACUUCCGGGAGACUUGCGGAGUGAUCGAUUGCGUUGUUUCAAGCUGGGGCUCGUGGUCGGAAUGCGAUACCACCUGCGGCUCUGGGAGCAUGGUGCGAACGCGUAGGAUCGUGCAAGCCCCAGCGCAUGGAGGUCGGCACUGCCCCUCGCUGGUCCAGCGGAGGGCAUGCCAAGAACAUCAGGGGUGCUCAUCGGAUAGUGACGUACCAUUACGAGACGAAACAGCGAUGCUCUUACCGGGAGGACUUUCGGUCAGUCGACAUUCGAACGAGACAGUGGACAUCCGCAAAAACUUGAGACUUCGCAACCCAGACGAUCCUGAAUCUAAUUCGCACAGAGAGUACUGCGCUCAAUACGAAGUGACUAAAGUCUCGAAAGCCUGCCACGCGGAUUCGGACUACAAAGCGUUGAGGGAAGGCAAUACUGUAUGCGUGCUUUGCGAGUCGGCCGCUUUAAGACGUGACUUGAAAUGGAGAUGUAAUGGCCAUGGCGUCUCUGGACACACGACGCGCUUCUACGCGCUCGUAGCUCCACACUGUCACGGGAAGUGGAUCAGAUCCGACCACGACCUGGACAAGACAAGCGACUGCUGCACCAACCCUGACUUCAUCUUUGUUUGAGAACGCGCGACAAAAAAAAAAAUUAUUCCGCAAUCAAUAAUAAACCGAAUAUUAUUAUGUAUUUUUCAAAUUGAAAUCUCAAAAUUAAUUUAACGCAAUUUUAUCAGGCAAAUUGAUUUGUUUGUUUUUUUUUUUUCGUUAAACGCGGGUAGUUGAUAACAUUUGCGGGCUUUGACUUCGUUUUUCGUAUUAUGGAGGGUAGACGUAAGGAGAAUCAUUUGAUAUGGGAGUAAAGUUGAAAAAGUUGUAUGCUAUAAAUAACAGUUCAAAAACCUAUCACAAUGUCGCUGGUGUAGACAAAGAGUAUGGUAUGAAUGAAUGAAUGAAGCAUUUGUAGAUGAACUAAAGUAUGCCGAGUAAAAAAGAUAUGAUCAUUUCGACUAAACCAGUUAAUUAUUGAAAAUUUCAACAAUUUAAAUUGGCACUUCCUUUAAAAUUUACCCUAAUGCUAAUGUGGCGCCAUCUUAAUUUAAUACAUUUCAACGGACUUUUUCUAUAUUUAUACACAGUUGGUUUUUCUUACCUCUAACCUCCAUAAUUCGUAUGAAUGCGCUCACAGCUGACAGUACUAAAAUAAUAUUGAGGUAAUUGAAGAAAAUAUAUUGAGCAUGACCAAGUUUGAAUUUAUGAUACCAAUAUCUUUAAUAUGUGAAUAAAAAUACUUUGAGAAAAUAUUAAGAAAUUAAUUUGAUCACAAGCUAAUAAUGAUUUCAAAAAUAUGUUCCCGAACAAUUCCGUUGUAUUUGUAAAUUUAUUAAAUAUGAACUCAAUUUACUAUGUAAUAUUUUAUAAGUAACAAACAGAUGUUAUAAUGGCAGAUUAAGUUACGGGUGAAUCUUUGUAAUAAAUAAUUAAAAAAGGGAAAUAGAGACAAACAAAAAAAAAUCGUCAAAAGUAUCCUUAAGUUGCUGGAAAUUAAUAAAAAAUAAUAAUAAUGCAUGUAUAUUCGUGUUUUAAAAUUAAUUUCAGCAUCAAAAUGUGAAACAGUAAAUUUUAUUUGAAAAGGUUUUGUUUUUGGAGAUUAGUUAUAGCAAUGUUUUAUUUUACCAAAAAAUGAACACCUCAAGAAUAGAAUACAUUAAAAUGUCACAAUUCUAGAUAAUCUAUAGCUAUUAUGUAAAAGAGAACAUCCAUUUUUUUCUAGUUAACAUAAUUGUCGUACUUUAAAAACAAAAGAAAAAGACGGCGCAUUCUAAUAAAAAUUCUCAUUUCAAAAUUAUGCUAUAAAAAUCCUACCCAAUGCGCUGUUUAUUUUUUUUGUUUGAAUGGGUACAUACUUACUUUUUAUUUCUAGUUUUAGUCUAGUUUAGUAAUGUAAUUCUAGUUUGUAAUAAUAAUCUUUUGAUAAAACUAAAAUACUCUGAUUACAUUAAAUAACAUAUCCGUUAUUUGUGUAAAUAAAUAAUUAUGUUUAAUAAAGUAAUGAAAAAUGAA